AUUAUAUGGAAGCUCUAUGUCCUUUGAAGAAGCAGCUCACCUGUGUCGCAGUCCGUUGUUCAAAUAUUCUUCUACACUUUGGACCAUUUAAAUAAACUAUGAAGGUAGCAACUGUAUAUGAGCUGAUGUGGGUGUGAAUUCAACAGCAUGGAUCAAUGGGAAGACAAAAAAGAGGGGGUCUCUGUCUCUAAAACCACUCCGUGUGAGAAAAAUAAAGAUCAGAGCUUUUCUUUCAGGAUGUACCAAGAAUUCAACCCAAAAUGUGAACAAAGCUGUGUGUCCUUUAAGAGUGACUGGUCCAAGGAUCUUCCCCUUAAAUUUAAUCCAACCAGAACAUCAACAACAGAGAGGGUGCCUGAGAAACACAAAACUAAACCUGAACCCAGCAAUGUGUCAUUUAACAGUGACUGGUCCAAGGAUCUUCCCCUUAAAUUUAAAGCAGCCAAACCUUUAGCAGCAGAAAGAAAGGACGAGCAGAGCUCACAGUUUCCCAAAUUAUCUGCCCUGCAGCAUCAAACCCAGUUGGAUUCCAUAUUUAUGCUGCUGGAGGAUAACAUUGUUUCUUUUGUGAGGAACGAGCUCAAGAAGAUGCAGAAUGUAUUGCGUCCAGAUGACCUACAAUGCACAGAAAGUGGAACAGAUGAGGGUGAGGUGUCAGAAGGUGAGGAUGAGGAGCACAUAAUGAGUAGCAGAGAAGCAUUGAUCAAGAUCACACUGACCUUUCUAAGGAAAAUGAAACACCAGGAACUGGCUGACCAUCUGCAAAGCAAAUAUAUUGCUGCAGUGUAUCAACGUAAACUUAAAUCUGGUCUGAAGAAGAGGUUCCAGUGUGUGUUUGAGGGCAUCACAAAAGCUGGAAGUCCAACUCUUCUGAACCAGAUCUACACAGAACUCUACAUAACAGAGGGAGGAUCUGGAGAGGUUAAUAAUGAACAUGAGGUCAGACAAAUUGAAACAGCAUCCAGGAAAUCACACAGACCAGAAACAACCAUCAGACAAGAAGACAUCUUUAAACCUGGAGGAGAUAGACCAAUUAGAACAGUGAUGACUAAGGGAGUAGCUGGCAUUGGGAAAACAGUCUUAACCCAGAAGUUCACUCUGGACUGGGCUGAAGGCAAAGCCCACCAGAACAUCCAGUUCAUAUUUCCAUUCACCUUCAGAGAGCUGAAUGUGCUGAGAGAGAAAAAGUUCAGCUUGGUAGAACUAGUUCAUUACUUCUUUACUGAAACCAAAGGAAUCAGCAGCUUUGAACACCUCCAGGUUCUCUUCAUUCUUGAUGGUCUGGAUGAGAGUCGACUUCCUCUGGACUUCCACAACAACAAGGUCCUAAAUGAUGUUACAGAGUCCACCUCAAUGGAUGUUCUGCUGACAAACCUGAUCAGGGGGAAACUGCUUCCAUCUGCUCUGCUCUGGAUAACCACACGGCCUGCAGCAGCCAAUCAGAUCUCUUCUGACUAUGUUAGCUUGGUGACGGAGGUGAGAGGGUUCACUAAUUCACAGAAAGAAGAGUAUUUCAGGAAGAGAUUCCAAGACGAAGAGCAGGCCAGCAGAAUAAUCUCCCACAUAAAUACAUCAAAAAGCAUCCAGAUAAUGUGUCACAUUCCCAUCUUCUGUUGGAUCACUGCUACAGUUCUGGAGGAUGUGUUGGAAACCAGAGAAGGAGGAGAGCUGCCCAACACUCUGACUGAGAUGUAUAUCCACUUCCUGGUGGUUCAGACCAAAGUAAAGAAGGUCAAGUAUGAUGAAGGAGCUGAAACAGAUCCACACUGGAGUCCUGAGAGCAGGAAGAUGAUUGAGUCUCUGGGAAAACUAGAUUUUAAUCAGCUGCAGAAUGGAAACAUAAUCUUUUAUGAAUCAGACUUAAGAGAGUGUGGAAUUGAUAUCAAAGCAGCCUCAAUGUACUCAGGAGUGUUCACACAGAUCUUUAGAGAGGAGAGAGGGUUUUACCAGGAGAAGCUAUUCUGCUUUGUCCAUCUGAGUGUUCAAGAGUUUCUUGCUGCUCUUCGUGUUCAUCUGACAUUCGAAAAGUCUGGUGUGAACCUAAUUAGUGAAAAAAGACAAACCUUAAAGUUAUCAUCAGCUUUUAAAAAGAAGCAGAAAAGGCUAAAUCUUCAUCAGGUAGCUGUUGACCAAGCCUUAGAGAGCCCAAAUGGACACCUGGACUUGUUCCUCCGUUUUCUCUUGGGGCUUUCAAUGCAGACCAAUCAGAGUCUCCUACAUGGCCUGCUGACACAGACAGAAAGUCCAGAAGGCAAUCCUAAAAUAGCAGAGUACAUCAAAGCGAAGAUCAGCGAGAAUGUGUCUGCAGAUAAAAGCAUCAAUCUUUUCCACUGUCUGAAUGAACUAAAUGAUCAUUCUCUAAUCAAGGAGAUCCAAAAAGCUCUGAUUUCAAGUAGUCUAUGCACCGAUGAACUUUCACCUGCUCAGUGGUCAGCUCUGAUCUUCAUCUUACUAUCAUCAGGAAAAGAUCUGGAUGUAUUUGACCUGAAGAAAUAUGCUGCUCAGGAAGAGGUCCUUUUGAGGCUAAUGCCUGUGGUUAAAGCCUCAAACAAAGCAAUACUGAGUGAUUGUAACCUCUCAGAGAGAAGCUGUGAAGCACUGUCCUCAGCUCUGAGAUCUCACUCCUGCAGUCUCAGACAAAUGGACUUGAGUAACAACAACCUGCAUGAUUCUGGAGUCAAGCUUCUAUCUGCUGGAUUGGAGAGUCCAAACUGUAAACUGGAGAGCCUCUGCUUGUCAGGCUGUCUGAUCUCAGAUGAAGGCUCUGCUCAUCUGGCCAUGGCACUAAGCUCCAACCCCUCCCACCUGAAAGAGUUGGACCUGAGUUACAAUCAUCCUGGAGACUCAGGAGGCAAGCUGUUGUUUGCUGGACUUAAGGAUCCACAUUGGAGACUAGAAUCUCUGAGGGUGGAGCCUGCUGGAGUCCAAUGGUUGACACCAGGUUUAAGGAAGUAUUCAUGCCAGCUCACUAUUGACACAAACACAGUGAGCAGAAACCUUAAACUCUCUGACAACAACAAGAGCGUGACAAAUGUGGAGGAGCUGCAGUCAUAUCCUGAUCAUCCAGACAGAUUUGACCUCAGGCAUCCUCAGCUACUGUGUGAAUCUGGUCUGUCUGGUCGCUGCUACUGGGAGGUUGAGUGGAGCGGAGUUGUGUAUCUAUCACUGAGUUACAGAGGAAUAAAAAGAAAAGGGGGAGAUGAAGAUUGCAUGUUUGGAGGAAAUGAAAAGUCUUGGAGUCUGAGAUGUUCUGAUCGCCAUGGUUACUCUGUGUGGCACAAUAACAUAAAAGCACCAAUUUCCUCCUCAUCAUCAUCUUCCUCAAACAGAGUAGCAGUGUAUGUGGACUGUCCUGCCGGUAUCCUGUCCUUCUACAAAGUCUGCUCCAGCUCACUGGUCCACCUCUACACCUUCAACACCACAUUUAAUGAACCUCCACUUCCUGGGUUUAGAGUCUGGUUUUCUGGUUCCUCUGUGUGUUUGUGCUGAAAUGUGUCUAAAGCAGCGGGUUUAAACUCUAGAGCAGGGGUCUAGAAACUUUUAGAUGUGUGUCAUGAACCUCUAUAGAAAUCUGCUAAUGAAUAGAUUUGGAAUAGCUGCAAAGGCCCUAUGCAUGUCUAUUGUUAUAUUGUAGCAAUGAGAAGAUAAGCCCACGUACAUAUGCCAAAGGUUCUAAAUUCAGGAUUAUCUGGCUUUCAAUGUUCUGAUAAUAAAGCUGAAUAAUAAAAAGUCUAGAAUGAAUCUGUCAAGGACAAAAAGCAUUAAGCAGUAUCAACAGAUAGAGCAGAAAAUUAAUUUGAUAUGCUUAACUGACUGAGAAAGAAGGUGGACAGAUACCUACAGUAUAGACACCAAUAGAACUAUGUAUUAUAGAUUUGCAGCAGAUAGUGAGCUUGUUGUUUGGUAAGUGAAUCUUCCAUUCCAAUACUUUGUUCGGCUUAAUAUAGUUUCCUCAGCGUCUGUUUCCGUUGCUGUAGUAACCUUCUCCUCAGAGCUGACCUGGUCGGGAGCAGGUUUUCUUCAGUAAUCUCUGUCUCUGCUCUCCUUAGAGCCAAUCAUGUUUUUUUUCCUGAUUUAUUCAGAGUUUUCUCAUAGUUUUGUGCCAAAAAAAAAAAUCACUAGGUCCGUUAGGCACAUGAGGUGUUAAAAACAAACAUUGCAUUUCAGGUAUUAUUGGAAUUGAGUGCAGCAUUUGAUACUGUUGAUCACUCGAUUUUAUUAAAGCGUCUGGAAAACUAGGUCUGCACUGGACUGGUUUAAAUCCUACCUGAAAGACGUGGACUGUUUCAGUAGGAAACUUUAAAUCAGAGACCAGAAAAAUCAAAUGCAGGUUUCCUCAAGGCUCCAUCCUGGGGCCCCUCCUAUUGAACCUCUAUAUGCUCCCCUUAGCUCAGAUUAUAGCAAACAACAAGAUCCGUUACUAUUACUAUGCAGAUGACACACAGAUUUACAUCACAAUGUCACCAGCUGACUAUGAACCGAUUAGAACGUUGGUUAAAUGCUUAGAGCAGAUUAAUAUGGUCUCAUGAAAUGAGUCCAUCAUGAGACCGAAAGCUUGGUCUCAUGAUGGACUCAGACCUGAACCUUCAGCAGCUCAUAAAGGCAAUUACCAGGUCCACAAAUUAUUACCUGAAAAACAUCUCCAGGAUUAAGGCACUAAUGUCCAAUCAGGAUCUGGAAAAACUCAUUCAUGCAUUUAUCUUUAGUAGAAUUGACUACUGCACUUUCAAAA